UUCCAGCAUUGUUACAUCAUUUCUAUUUUAUUUACGGAGAAGCUAAUGUACCAAAGUGUUAGUCAGUUCAUGUCUAAACAUGGCGGAGGAGACUGUGGAAACGCUGUCACGGCGUUGACAGAUGUUAUGAAGAUGCCAAAUAUCUUGCACAGAUAAUUGUGAUGGGAGCACAGGUGGUGGGACGUGCAUUUGCUCGUGCUUUACAACAAGAAUAUGCAGCGAGCCAAGCGGCAGCACGGGCCAGGAGCAGCGCAGGUCAGCAGUCAGCUGCAGCCUCCAGCAUCAGUGGGAUGACCCUGCAAGAGGCGCAGCAAAUCCUCAAUGUCUCCACACUGACCCCUGAAGAGAUUCAGAAGAACUAUGAGCACCUUUUUAAAGUCAAUGACAAGUCAGUGGGCGGUUCAUUUUACCUACAAUCAAAGGUGGUGCGGGCUAAAGAGCGUCUAGACGAGGAACUAAGUAUUCAGUCCCAACAACAGAAGCAGCAGUCACAGCAGAAUACGGAAACAUGAAGUAUGAAAUGAUGUUCGCCCUGUCUUUCCUCUCCCUGUCCUCUGUAAAUUAUAACUCCAAUUAAAGCUCUCUCCUUUUCUCCA